CCCCCACCUCGCCCUUCUCCACCGAACGAACCCCAACUCCAACUCAACCCUCUGCGUGCUCGUGCUGGGCUUGCUUCCUCUCCUCCUCCGCCGUCUCCCUCCCGUGCGCGCCACGCGACACCGGCGAGGCGAAGCGGAUUAGGCCGGCGAGCCCGGGGGACCGGCCCGCCCAGCGAGAUCUGCCCGCCGGCGGCGGCAAUGGCUGCCGCGCACGAGGAGGCCGCGGCGUGGUCGGAGGAGGCGGCGCGGCGGGUCUGGGGCGGCGCCGUGCCGCUCCAGGUCCACCUCCACGACGCCGACGUCACCGCGCUCCCGCCGCCGCCGCCCUUCCUGACUUUGGGGCCAAGAAUUGGGUAUUUGCCACUUUUGAUACCUGUUAUCAAGGCUCAUUUCAGCAAUGCUCUCCCACCUGGUGUUGACACUGUUUGGUUUGAAUAUAAAGGGCUGCCAUUAAAAUGGUAUGUACCAAUUGGAGUUCUUUUCGACCUUCUAUGCACAGAUCCAGAAAGGCCAUGGAAUCUAAUAGUCCAUUUUAGGGGAUACCCAUCAGAAAUUUUGUCACCAUGUGAGGGUGAGGAUAUUGUGAAGUGGAGCUACAUGAAUUCUCUGAAAGAGGCCACCUUCAUCAUUACUGGGAACAGUAAGAGUGUGAUGAACAUGUCCCAGGCUGAUCAAGUUGCUCUUUGGGAAUCUGUAAGGAAAGGUAACUUUGGUGGGUAUAAGAAUAUCUCCACCAGACUUAAGCUUGGACCAUUUGAGGAGGAUGGCUUAGUACGAACAGCCUCCACAGAGCGUCAACAUCAACAAAGUUCUGAUGAGCCAGAAUCUCCUGGAUUUGGCAAACCAUGCAGGGUCCCUGUUCGAUUAUAUGUGCGCGGUGUUCAAGAAGACCUUGAGGACAUAGAAGAUGCCAUGCCUGUUCGUGACUGGGAAAGUGUGUCCUACAUAAAUCGACCAUUCGAGAUUCGAAAGGUUGAAGGCAGAAGCUACAUUACCCUGGGGCAUGCUUUACAAACAUUGCUUCCUGAGUUCUUCAGCUCAGACACCCAAAAUGCAGAGGAAGUGGACUCAGCUGCUGGCAAUUCAGAUACCACGGACCCUUCAAGAAGUUCUCUGGAGGCAGAACCAGCUUCGGCAAGUCUGCGAGAGGCGGAAAUCACCAAGAAAGCUAAAGUGAAGCUAGUAAGGGUACAGGGCAUCGAACUGGACAUGGACAUCCCAUUCCUCUGGGUCGCCAACAACUUGAAGAACCCUGAAUUCUACCUCCAUAUCUGUGUAUACGUCAGUACCAGAAAACAAUAGCUCGAAAAGAGUAGAUGAAAAAUGUUAGAUACUGCACGUAGGAGCGUGUUCCAGAAGUUGUUGGCUUUGUUCUCUGGUCAGGCGUUACACUGUUAUUCUUUGUACAGACGCUGAAAUCGUAACCAUUCUAGUGUUGAUGCACGAUGAUGCAAGGAUGGAAUUGGAUGGAGUGUUCAUUUUUCAGGCGACAAACUGGCCUGGAGUGUUUUUUUU